AUGUCUGACGCCGACGAAAGCGCUAAGCUAUGGAAAGUCAACAGAACCAUGCAUGAGCUGGUGCAGGAUAGAGGAUUUUCAGUCUCAGACGAGGAGAUUAACAUGGACCUGGCGACGUUUCGCCAGUCAUUUUCGAAUCAGAGCGGGUUUGUUGACCGCAAUCAACUGAAUUUCUUCUCAAAUUCGAUGGUCAACCCCGCUGAACAGUUGUUUAUCUUCUUUUCCGAUGAAAAAAGCGUGGGCGUCAAGACGAUGAGAAAAAUGCUUUCAAUUCUCGAAGAAAAAGGUAUCCAGCAGGGUAUCAUUGUUUUCCCUGGCAAUAUGACACCAUCCGCUCGAAAAGUCAUCGUCGCAAUGGCAUCACAAUUCCGAUUAGAGGAGUUCUCAGAGUCCGAUUUGCUUGUGAACAUAACACAUCAUUCAUUGGUACCCCGUCAUCAGGUUUUAUCCCCAUCUGAGAAGAAAGUACUUUUGGAAAAAUACCGAUUGAAGGAAACGCAAUUGCCUCGUAUCCAGCUGGCUGAUCCUGUCGCGCGCUAUUAUGGAUUAAGGCGAGGACAAGUCGUGAAAAUCACAAGACCAAGUGAAACCAGUGGGCGUUAUGCUAGUUACCGGAUAUGUUUUUGA